AAUACUGUAGGUAGGUGUUAUCCUAACUAUCUUAACAAUAGAUAAAAUGGUUUCAUUCCAGCCAACACUUAAUUCCUCACAAUCUGUCGAUGACACUUAACUUUUACGGCUGGUUUGAUAGACCCUGAUUAUCCCUAAUCUUGGAUUACUUUACCUAAGGUAACAUUAGGUAGUCCAAGAUUAGUGCUCAUCGGGGUCUGUGAAAUCAGCAAUUCCUCUCCUAUUUCAGCAUGUGUGAUGUUAAAGGUGAAGCUGGACAUGCUGAAGUUACUGGAGGGUAGUAUCGCACAGGCCUGCCAGGCCGGCUCUGUUAAACUGGCUCUGUUUUAGUACCACAUGCUGGGCACUGCUGCGAAAGCCCAAGCAGCCUGGAUGUGACCAGCGUUACAACGCUGAACUCGUACUACUUGUUUGUAUUCUGUAACUUGGUAAAAAAAAUAAAUCUCAGAAUGGCAAUAAUGUACUGUGUGUUGUUUUACCUUAAACUGCUUGUUGUGUAGUUUUAAUUAACAUCCACUCUGUGUUAAAGAUGCCUUAUAUUACAUGUUUGAUUAUUCCUUUGUGGCAUUUUACUUAUUUUAGAAAAUAUUCUGAAUUUGAAACAUACUGCAAAACCAAGCAUUUCCCAAAAGCAACCUUCUUUUUGUGGAUACAUGUUGCAGUAUUGCACUUUCUGUUCUUGAUUUUGCUGAACUCGUUGGAUCAAAUUGCUAUUGGGCAGGUUAAAAGUUGAUGUAUUUGAUAGUUGUAAGCCUAAAAAAUGUGGUGGAUUUUGAAUACUUCCUCGACCUAAAGUGUUCUAUGUUGCAUGUAAAGUUAUGUUAUCUUCCUAAUUGUGCAAAAAGUAGCUUUUUAGUUCCAAAACAUUAUUUUUUAUUUAUUUGUUUGCUUUGAAAAACACCCCCUGGAGCCUGCAGCAAGGUAGACUGUAGCUUGAAAUCUGUACAUAUUGGAGAUCAGUGGAGCCGUUUUAACAAAAUUAUGUUUCACUGAAGGAAAAAUCUAAAACAUGAGAAAUAGUUGCUAAGGAGUCAACAGCUGCACCAUACCAAUCCCAACAUGUUUGGUUACCAGGAACUGGUGUUUGAGAUUUUACAAUAAUAAUAAUAAUACAUGGAAUCAUAUAAAACAUUUCACUCAUCAUGUUUACAAACACAGGGGACUGUGUCAUAAAUGCAUACAAAAUCAACUGAAAGACAAAAAGUACAAAAAACAACAACAACAAAAAAGUGGAUUUGUUUUUUAUAAAAAUGUGCUGACUCCAUCUCCUUGCUAUCUUGCCUUCAAAUAAGAAUAGCACAAUAAAUAUCAUUCACUCUCAUUUCCUUGGUAAUGAUGGCCCGCUAAAAUAACCUCUGAGCCAAGAGGAAACCAGGCCUGGAAACCAAAGGUUACAGGCAGCAACGGAUAACCGUCAUACACACUUUAAAGGGGCCGUGUACCUGAAAACAUAAAUGGUACAUGUAGUCUUUAAAAACUGAUAGAAAUGGCAGCAGAUUUAAAUACCUCAGCUGUGUAAAUGAUUAAGUAUGCCCUUCCCUGGUGUGGGCCAGACACUGAGCCAUAUUCACAACACUUGCAGUACUGUUUUAAAAUUUAAAACACAUUUUCAUAAAUUAAAUCGUGUGCCGUUUGUAAACAUUCUUAAAACAUUCCUUAAGGUUUUGUGAAUAAGGCCCAACAGUUAGAGAUGUUGGUUUGGCACACAAAGGGUUACAUUUUAUUAUUCAAACGGUGGCAGUAUUUAGUUCCAUCUCUCUAGUAUUUAUUUGAAAAUUGGUCUCUAUUUAUUAAAUGCAAGGACUUCUAGGAAUGCUAUUAAGGACUGUUUUAAAAGAGACAUUUCUUUGGAUAAACAUUGCUUUGAAAAAUUUGAAUAAACUAAUUAACCUCCUACUGAAACAGGUUUUGUGAACCCACAAAGUUGAUUUAUUAAUUCAAAAUGGUCUUUAAGAAAACAUUCCUUAAAACAGUGCUUAAAGUUUUGUGAACAUAGGUCAUUAUUUCUUAGCUGCUGGUCAGCCCCAUGUCUCUUUUUCCUAGAGAGAAGAUGUAAUAUUUUGCAAGACAUUGGGGCUGAUUUUCAAUAAGUAAAUUACUUGUUUUUUUCAAUAGGUGAAAAACAAAGUUAGAAACUAGAAAUAAACAGAGACUGUAUUUAUUUCAAAUCAGUUUAAGUAUGCUAAGUUAAAACAGAAUUCUUUAGUGAACAACAAUAUGUAAGAAAAUAACUCAUUUCUGGUGGAGGUUUGGCUCCUGAUGAAAAGAAAAAGGACUGUGUACCUUUAAAUCUGAGGUUUAGGUAAAAAAAAAAAACAGAAGGAUACAAAGCAAUUGUAGUUAAUAAGUAACAUUCUGCCUGUCCAAGAGAUUGCAGUGUUGGAACAUGUGAUAAAAACACAAGGAUCGCUUUGUUACAGGCUAACUUUACCUUAAAUACAUGUUUAUUUUUUAUUUAGUAAGUGGCAGUAAGUAAGAUGUCAAACAGAAAGGGCCCUCCUGGGUCUCAGCCUUUUAUGAAGCGUCCAGACAACACAGCUUUUAAACAGCAGAAGCUUCCAGCCUGGUCUCCCACCCUCAAAGCAGAGACUGUUCUGCCCUUCUUCUUCCUGAGUGGGGUGGCCUGCAUUAUGAUUGGGGUCUUGCUUAUUAUAACCGCUGCUGGAGUCCAAGAAAUUAAAGUGGAUUACACAGAAGAAAGAGAUUGCGCUGAGUGCUAUACUCUCCGCCUAGACAGAGCAAACUCAAUAAUUGAUUGUGCGUGCACUGUAUUCUUCUCACUAUCGGAAGCAUUCAAGGGUGAUGUGUUCAUGUACUACGGAUUAACAAACUUCCACCAGAAUCAACGGCACUACAUGGUUUCAAGGGACGAUGCACAACUGGUCGGGAGACAGUAUAACUUAAAGAAUCCAAGUAUCACCUGUGUUCCAUUUGACAAAUAUAAGAAUGGCACUCCUAUUGCACCCUGUGGGGCUAUUGCCAACAGCAUAUUCAAUGAUACUCUUCAGCUUUUCUACCACUCUGAUAAAAACACUGAAACACCAGUCCCUUUGCUGAAGACUGAUAUUUCAUGGUUCACUGACAGAACCGUGAAAUUUCAAAACCCGUCACCCAAGGACAAUCUUACUGCUGCUUUUGCAGGAACGGCCCGCCCCUUUUACUGGUGGAAGCCUGCGUACCAGCUCAGUGUGGAGGAGAACAACAACGGCUUUGUGAACGAGGACCUCAUUGUGUGGAUGAGGCAGGCAGCCUUUCCUUCGUUUAAGAAGCUUUACAGACAGUUGAAUCGCACACAGGAGUUCAACGACGGCCUUCCAGCUGGGAACUACAGUGUUAAAAUUUCCUACAAUUACCCUGUGGGCAAGUUCAAAGGCCGAAAGUCUGUGAUUCUCUCCACUGUGUCCUGGCUGGGAGGCCACAGCAACUUCCUGGGUGUAGCCUACUGUGCAUCCGGCGCGAUCAUCUUGAUAGUGGCCAUCAUCCUAACAGUGGUUCACCUGAAAUUUAGGGAAAAGCCUCUGGGUCUAGAGGAGGAAUAAACUCUACUUUCCAGUAGCAGCCUGCUUAGAUGUUUUUGUGUGUUUGUUCGUAAUACAGUUAGUAAAGAUCCACCAAACCACAUGGGAAUGAAAUAACAUGUAUUACAGAGGUACAGUAUGAUGUGAGGUGUAAAGUGGAUGACAACCUACCUAAUGUGAUUAUGUAAAGAGGUCAGAAAUGAGACUGUGACUCUUUAAAACCAGUAAUAAAAUUAUCUAUAGGACUGUCA